UGCGGCGGCUGCGGGAUCAGGCGGGCGGCGGCGGCUGUGGCAGCGGGAUGGGCGUGCACGUGGAGACCAUCGCCCCCGGAGACGGGCGGACCUUCCCCAAGCGCGGACAGACCUGCGUGGUGCACUACACGGGUAUGCUGGAGGAUGGGAAAAAGUUUGAUUCCUCCCGCGACAGGAACAAGCCAUUCAAGUUUGUGAUGGGCAAGCAGGAGGUGAUCCGCGGCUGGGAAGAAGGGGUUGCGCAGAUGAGUGUUGGGCAGAGAGCAAAGAUGAUCAUCUCUCCAGAUUACGCCUAUGGUUCUACUGGCCACCCAGGCAUCAUCCCCCCAAAUGCCACGCUAAUUUUUGAUGUGGAGCUUAUGAAAUUGGAAUGACAGGAGGCCCCUUCCUCAACUCCCUGUUCUUGGGUUUGGCACAUGGAGGAAUCCAGAAUCUCAGCUUCAAGAAAAAUGCACAUGACUUUGUAUGGAGCUUUUCCUGAUAUUCCACUACACUCAUUGUAUAACCAUAUACCCUGAUUGAAUGUGUCUGAUCACUCA